AUGGCGCCUGCUCAAGCACCUCCCGAUGAGAACAUCGCAUGGCAUAUCUACGUGGGGACCAUAGUCACCAUUGUUCCAGCUACAAUUGCGGUGAUCCUUCGAUUUAUCUCUCGACGUGUUGCUCGCGCUGGACUGUGGUGGGAUGAUUACACUAUUGCGAUAGCUUUGGCAAUAAACUGGGUUAUGGCAAUCUUGCGAUGGGUUCAAAUUCCUGUCUUCGGCCUCGGCCAUCAUGCCUAUUAUCUUCCAGAUGACAAUAUACAAGGCUUUUUCAAGAGCUUUCUUGCCAACCAGAUAAUUUAUUUCCUCAAUGCGGUUUUCACAAAGGCAGCGCUGCUGUUGUUAUAUUGCCGUAUCUUUGGCGUGGUCAAGCAUUUCCGUUGGGCUUUGUGGGUAUCUGGAUUCCUGGUCAUCGGAUACUUCAUUGCAUGCACCCUUGUUUCAAUCGUCGGAUGCUUCCCAGUGGCUAAAUUCUGGAACCCAAAGGUAGCAGGAUCAUGUAUUAACCAGAUCGAUUUUUUCCGUUGGAAUGGAGUUACAAAUCUUCUCCUCGAUGUCCUGGUUCUUUGUCUUCCAUUUCCCAUGGCGUGGAGGCUGAAAACGACAAUUCGACAAAAGAUCAUUCUAACCGGCAUCUUCAUGCUUGGCGGGUUCGCCUGCAUUGUUUCUGUUAUGCGAGUUACGAGUUUCGACUAUACGGAAAUGAAUGAUCACACUUGGACCGGCGUUAAUUCGGCAAUGUAUUCAUCAAUUGAGCAAUCUGUUGGAAUCAUUUGCGCCUGCCUUCCUACGCUGCGCCCUCUGUUCCGAACCCUGUACGGUCCAUCAACGGACCAUUCAAGCGAAGGUCCUAUGUCCAGCCUCUCCUCACAGAACAGACCCUCCGUCAGUCUGCAACUAUCGUCGUCUGGCAGAGAGACAAGCACUUUGGCUCUUGCACAGCCAUCUCCGGCACGAACGCCAAACCCUCGCGUCUCUAUGUUUGAUAUGGGUAUUUACAGUGUCGUUGAUCGUGGAUCUUUGUCUCUCGAAUACGGCGACGGGCAUAAGGUGGAUAAAUAUGUUUCUUCUCAAGUUGAAUCAAUGGUUUAG